CUCACAGCAAGUCGGUGACAUCCAGUAGACUGAAGGGCCACUUGAAGGCGAGGAAGGCCUCUCCUGCAGCUACAGCGCCCCCUGCUGGACACAAAACGCCCUUUUCCUUCCCUGCAUUGUCUCCCAGCUCUGCUCAUGAGUCAGCGUCGGUGCAGAGCUGCAGGUCAGCAAUAAUCUCUGAUCAUCAUGAUGGAUACAGUCUGCGAAUGAAGCUCGCUCUGCUUUUGUAUUUUACAAUUUGGAGGGACAUUUUGUUUUUACAUUUUUCUUAAUGAAGCAACAUGGAUCAGUUCCGAGGAUUAUUUGUCAAACUGGACCAGAACAAGGAUGGGUUCGUGUCGGUGGCAGAGCUCCAGGACGAGAUGAGGAAGCAUGGGAUCAUCUCGGGGGACGGGAAGGUCCAGAAUAUCAUCGAGGCUUAUGAUAAAGAUAAAGAUGGCCUGCUGGAUUAUAAAGAGUUUCUCAGCUACAUGAUGGACAGAGAGAGGAAAUGGAAAAUUCACUUUAGUGACCUUGACAAGAACAACUGUGGAGUGAUUGACCAGGAGGACAUCGUGUGUUUGUUUAAGGAGUUAGGAGUGGUCAUAUCAAAGCCGAAUGCAAAAAAAAUUAUUCAAAUGAUGGACAGGGACAGGUCCAUGACGGUGGACUGGGACGAAUUCCUGCACCAUGUCAUUCUCAACCCUGUGGAUAACAUCGGAGAGCUCGUUUCCUCGUGGAAACACAGUCUGGUUUUCGACGUUGGGGAGAGUCGCGCGAUGCCUAUCGAGUUCCCGGACAACGUGUCUGGCGUUGGGGCUUGGAGGACGUUUGUCCUAUCGGCGGGUCUGGCGGACGCGGUUUCCCGCACGGCGACGGCGCCUAUAGACCGACUGAAGACCCAGCUUCAGGUCCAAGGAUCCAGAGCCUUUUCCCAAGGCUUUCAGGAGCUGAAGGGAGGUGGUCUGCGAUCGAUGUGGCAAGGCAAUGCUGUCAAUGUGCUGAAAGGGACGCCACAGUCCACGCUGCAGUGUCUCAUCUAUGCCCAGAUGAAGGUUUACACCCAAAACCGAAGCCAGGAGGCCCUGACGGUGCAGCAGCGCUUCGGCCUGGGCUGCGUCUCCGGAGCGGUGGCCCAUGCUGUUUUCUACCCACUGGAGGUGCUGAAGGUGAGGCUGAACCUGCAGCAAGCCGGCACGUAUCACGGCGUCGUGACGUGCGCCCGCUCUAUCUACAAACACGAGUCCGUGUCGUCCUUCUACAGAGGCUUCAGGCCCAGCAUCCUCUGCAUGAUCCCCUAUGCGGGUGUGGAGUGUGCAGUUCACCAGUCUAUCAUGAGCUGGGCGAAAAGCGAUCCCGCCUACAACAGCGACUCCAAGCUGUUUCUAUUCAGUUUUGUGGCUUUUGCCUCCGGCCAAAUAAGCAGCUACCCCCUGGCAGUGAUCCGGACCCAGCAGCAGGCUCAGGGUAACGGCUGUCAGCUUUCUGACACAACUUCAAUUACUGAAGGAAAUGUUCAGCUUCCCUCACUGUGUGCUUUGGUUUGUUUUCCAGCCUUCAGCUCGGAGUCGCGUCCAGCCUCUGGCGUGUUGUCGGGACUCACCGGGAUAUACGAAAGGAGUGGAUUUAGAGGAUAUUACAGCGGCAUGGGAGCCAGCUUCGUCAGGGCCGUCCCGUGUGCGCUGAUAAACUACACCCUGACCAGGAAGUUUGAGAAUAUAUUUUCUUCUGUGGAAUCCUGAGGAACUCCCAACGACUGUGACUUUUUGGUAUUUUGAUGGCGCUUCCAUAACAGACAGAAGAGAGACUGGUUUCUGUUAUUUAAUUUUAACUUUUAAUACCUCUGACUAAGAAAAAAAAA